CAACUUCCCCUUUUAGAGUUUUUUUUUUUGACUUGGUUAUGACUUAGAAAGGAAUGAAAAAAUAAAAUAUGCCGAAUAACAAUUUUUGUUGGCUUAAUGAGGAAUAAUUUGCGCACGGAUCGCUACCAUGCAAGCUGGGCUUAUUGGACCGGGUCCUUAUAGGGCAACAAAACUAUGGAAUGAGAUUGUGAAACUCUUUGUUGCUGGAAUGCCAAUAAGAAAACAUCGCAUUCAUUUCAGAAGUUAUGAUAGCUGUUUCUGUGCGUUUGAGGCUGUGGACUGGAUGCAUGAACUACUUAAAGGCAACAUCAACUUUGGGCCUGAAGUAAACCGUUCCCAGACUGUUCAACUUUUAAAAAAAUUUCUUAAAAACCAUGUUAUUGAAGAUAUUAAAGGAGGAUGGGGAACUGAAGAUUUUGAGGACAAUAACAGUUUAUACAGAUUUCCUCCUUCGUCACCUCUUAAGCCAUAUCCCAGAAGACGGCAGUAUUCAACAUGUAGACCUGUAUUCCCAGAUUGGCGUGACCUGGAUCAAGGAACUAAUGAAAAUCAUUUCCUAAUCCAAAAUAAUUUAUUGGAUUCUGACACCUGGUGGAAAAGACAUAGUAUUGCAAUUGGAGAGGUGCCAGAAUGCAGACUUGUACGUCGUAGAGAACUCUCAGAAUCGACUAUAGAGCAGAUAUGGAAGUCUAUGACACUAUCUCACUUACAAAAGAUUUUAGGACUGGAUUCCCUAAAUGAAGUUUUCGACACAAAACAUGCUAAUGCAGCACACAUUUUCUAUAAUGUCCAGAAAGUCAACAAGCAUGGAGUUGUAGUACUAGAGAAUAAAUCAGAAGAAUUACCUCACUGGGUCCUUUCAGCAAUGAAAUGUUUGGCAAACUGGCCGAAUGGUACAGAAGUAAAGCAGUCAGUGUAUACUGGAUUUGAGCGAGAUGUCUUUCGAACUAUAGCAGAUUACUUUAAAAGCAUGAAGGAACCACUUCUGACUUUCAGACUAUAUGAACUUUUUGUGAAUAUUUUGGGUGUCUUGCCAAAACAGCAAGUAGCCAUUGAAGCACUUCAGAUUUGCUGUCUUCUCUUACCUCCAGAAAAUCGUAGAAAGCUUCAGCUGCUAAUGAGAAUGAUGGCAAGGAUCGGUUUGAACCCAGAGAUGCCGUUACUGUCUGACACAUCUGAAAACAGAAUGCUGAUGGUACACACUUUUUCUCGGUGUAUUCUGUGUUCAGAAGAAGAAGUUGAUUUGGACGAAAUAUUGGCUACUAGACUGGUAAUGUUUAUGAUGGACAAUUACCAAGAAAUUCUAAAAAUUCCUGUUCAGCUGAAAAACGCAGUAGAGGAACAUCUGGCUCACCUCCAAAGAGUUCAGAUAAAAUAUGCUGGUGCUGAUGCAGAUGUUUUAUUGCCUUCACAUUCCUUUUGCCAUCAAAUCAUCACAGAAGAGUUUCAAGAGCAACAGACAGACAGCUCUGAGGCUGCAGCCACUGGUCUGCUAGAGAAAAUCAUAGCUGAUCAACAAUCAUCUGUAAAAGAAAAGAAAAAGAAACUUAAACAGUUUCAGAAAUCCUAUCCUGACAUUUACAAGAAACGGUUUCCUACACCGGAGAGUGAAGCAGUUUUAUUCCCAGAAAAACCUAAGUUCAGACAGCAACUAAUGUUUUUUGCAUUGAAGAAACCUUUUCAGCCAUUUCAGAGAACUAGAAGUUUCAGGAUGUGACAUUUCUGAAAGUGGGAACAAUCUGCAUUUGCAUCCUUUGAUUCAUGACAGAGCUGCAAUAUGCAAUUUUAAGGCCAUGUUUUACUGGCACAGUUUUGACUACUGAAACUGGUAUCUUGGAAUUCAUCUCUCUUACCUAGAACUUUUGGGACAAUACUUUGCCAGUGUUUUAACAUUCCUGUAAUUAUUGUUGCAUUUAUUUAAAUGGUUUUACAUGCAAGUAUUUGACUACUGAAUGAGAAGGAUUCCUAGAUACUGCAUUAAUAAAUGUUAAUAAAAAUACUAUUUAUAAUCGA